AUGGAAUCUAGGGGGAAUCCCGGGAUCUUCGAUGCAGGGGUCAUUGCUCGAGAUGAGAAAGGUAGUAUUUUAGCAUUUGGAGCAAAGAGAUUGGUGGAUGGCACUAACAAUGAAGAUGAGUGUCAGGCAGCAAUUGAAGCAAUUCUUAUGGCAAAAAAAUUGGAGGUGAAAAAACUACACCUUGAAGGGGACUCCCAGAUAGUGGUGAAUGGCAUCGCUAGGGGUAGGAUGGGUGCUUGGCACCUGGAUAAACAUAUCAGAAAAAUACAUGAACUCCUAAAUGGGUUCAAGGACUUUAAAGUAUUGCAUUUUCUAAGGGAAGUGAAUGCAGAAGAUGAUGUGCUCUCGCACGUAGGUGCAAAUGGUUCCUUGGCUGAACAUUUUAAUUUCUUUGAAGACUUAAGGGAUUUGGACCCCCUAGAAUUUGUAUGA